GGCUAACUGAAACCGUCCGUUGUUCCGCGUGAAGCCGCAGCGGAACACCGGCCGACCACGCUCCCGAAAGGAACAAAAAGACGGCGACGGAACCUCCAAGCUGCUCCCGGACCACUGCAGCGCUAGAAGCCACUGCGGUCGCCGUCACCGCACUUGCGGGGAGAACACUCGCACGCGGAGGGAGACCCCUCCACUCCAAUGGCGGCGAUCACCGCGCCGCUGCAUCCUCCCCUCGCCGUAUUCGCCGCCGCGCCCUGCCACGGAGUGCGCUUCCGCCGCGCUCCACUCAUCCGCAUGGCGUCCUCCUCCUCAUCGUCUUCGCCUUCGUUCUCCUCGUCCUCCUCUUCCUCCUACGGAGGUGGUGGGGGCGGGGCCGGGGGAGGGGGCGAGAUCCACUACGUCUCGCCGCCUCCCCCGCCCUCCACGCCCUCCGGGGCGCCCGUGUACGUGACGCUUCCGGUUGACGCCGUGGGUGCAGGGGGGCGCGUGGCGCGCAGGCGGGCCAUGGCGGCUUCGCUCGCCGCGCUGGCGAGCGCCGGGGUGACAGGGGUCGCGGUGGAGCUGUGGUGGGGCGUCGUAGAGCGCGGGGGGCCUCGGGAGUACGACUGGGCGGGGUACCUCGACCUCGCCGCCAUGGCGAGGCGCUGCGGGCUCCGCGUGCGCGCCAUCCUCGCCUUCCACCAGUGCGGCGCCGGGCCACAAGACUCAUUCUGGGUCCCUCUUCCACAAUGGGUGCUUGAGGAGAUGGAGAAGAUGCCAGACUUGUCAUAUACUGAUAGAUAUAAACAGAGAAACAAGGAAUACAUCUCAUUGGGAUGUGACAUUCUUCCACUUCUGAAGGGAAGAUCACCUAUGCAAGCUUAUGCUGACUUCAUGAGGAGCUUCCGCGACAAUUUCAAGGAGUACCUUGGGGCCAUAGUGACGGAAGUUCAAGUUGGAAUGGGCCCAGGAGGUGAGCUUAGGUAUCCAUCAUGCCCAACCGAGAAGCUAAAUCAGCCAGGCAGCUCAUCUGAACUUGGGGAAUUUCAAUGUUAUGACAAGUUCAUGCAAGCAUCAUUGGGUGCUCAUGCGCGGAUUCUCGGGAUUCAAGAGUGGGGAAGUGGUGGUCCAGCUGGCAUAGAUAGCACGUGGCAGAAUCCUGAAGAGACAAACUUUUUCCGUGCCGAUGGAGGAUGCUGGAAUACCCCUUAUGGCCGAUUUUUCCUCGAGUGGUAUUCCGGAAUGCUUCUUCUCCAUGGAGAGAGGUUAUGCGCGGUCGCUGACGCCGUCUUUUCUGGCACCGGCGUGACCAUCUCGGGGAAGGUUUCCGGCAUACACUGGCACUACUACACAUGUUCACACCCAUCCGAGCUGACAGCCGGCUACUACAACACAUUGCUAAGAGACGGCUAUCUCCCCAUCGCCCAAAUGUUCUCUCGACACAGAGCUGCCCUGUGCUGCGGCUGUUUCGACCUGAGGGACGAGGAGAGAAGCGGUCCUCAGAGCAGCCCCGAAGGCACUCUCCGGCAACUGAUGGCUGCCGCUAAGGUAUGGAACCUACCUCUCAACGGCGAGAACUCCGUGGCGAGGCUGGACGACGCGUCGCUGAGCCAGGUCGUCAGAAGCUCGAGGCGCUACUCGGGCGGCACCUCGGGCACGUCUUUCUCCUUCAACUAUGUCAGGAUGAACAAGAGCCUGUUCGAGUCACACAACUGGAACCGGUUUACGAAGUUCGUCAGGAAGAUGUCGGAUGCCAGAACCUUUCUGGCUAGACUGAACUUCAGGAGACACCAAUGCCUGCCUUCAAUGUCAGUUGUUUGGGUUGCUAGCCAGGCCUAUGCAUACACAUGAUUUAUUUUGUUGUUGUUGUUGUGUGUCAAACAUGUAUGUGACCUGUGAUAUUAAAAUUGUAGACGACUCGAGAAGGAAAAAUGGAAGAAAACUUCCCAGUGGGUUGGUUGUUGUGUUCU